CCGCCUUUCGUCGGCGCCUUUAAGGGACAGCUGGAACGUUAGAACAACGGAUUGAACAAAGGCAUUGCCAGCAGCUCGAUUCCACCCGCCUUUCUGUCAUGGCGGUGGACCGACGGAAGGUAGCCGUCUUUGGGGCGGCCUUUGCGCUGCGACUGCUUCUCGUUUGUCUGUUUCCAUCAUUGCCCGAUUUGCUCACUGGCCGAGUCGAGGUGUCCACCCCGGUCAACAGCUUCAAGCGACUACAAGAAGGCCUGUAUCUCUAUACGCGCAAUGUAUCGCCGUACGAUGGCGGUGUCUUCCACCAAGCGCCGCUCCUCCUUCCUCUGUUCUCCCUGCUGCCAGACGUCCGUGGCAACCCGAUUCCUACGGCAAUCUUCUAUUUCCUUGUCGAUUUAGUGAACGCGCAUGCGCUGGCGACUAUCUCCGAGUCGGGCCAGUCGGUCCAGAGCCGAUUACACUCUGCCAUGCGGAAGCAUAUUCGGUGGGACGGGACUUCAGUGGCAGCAUGGUUUUUGUUCAACCCUUUUACGAUUGCCACUUGCUUGGCGCGGUCAACCAGCGUGUUCACCACAUCGGGAAUUCUGUUUGCGGUCUCGAAUGCCGUCAGUGGUAAUAGUUUGAACGCUAUGCUUGCUCUCGGCCUCGCCUCUUAUCUGUCAAUGUAUCCCGCUCUGUUGUUCGUCCCGCUAGCUCUCCUCUGCUACGAUCAGCGAGUCCAAAAGUCCGCCCAAACGCCCAAUUCCGGCCUGUUCAUCUUGCAACACGGUGCCAUUUUUUCUGGUAGCAUUGCUGGGCUACUCGGGCUCUCCGUCAUUAUCACUGGGAGCUUCUGGGAAUUUCUGUCGGCCACCUAUGGCUUCCACCUGUUGGUCCCUGAUCUGACCCCCAAUGUCGGCUUGUGGUGGUACUUUUUCAUCGAGAUGUUUGAUUCAUUCCGCGGGUUUUUCCUCGGGGUCUUCUGGCUUCACCUGGCCAGUUACGUUGGCGGAUUCACGGCGAGGCUUCGGCGACAGCCUCUCUUCAUCAUCACCUCGCUCCUAGGUGUCUUUGCCGUGUUCAAACCCUACCCCAGUAUCUCAGAUGCUUCGCUCUAUUUUGCGUUGCUGCCGUUGUAUCGGCAUCUUUUCCCAUUGAUGCGUUACACUUUCUUUGCCAUUUCGGCUCUUCUAUACUCGAGUCUAUUGGGGCCUGCCUUCUACCACCUUUGGAUCUACGCUGGAUCCGGCAACGCCAACUUUUUCUACGCUAUCACGCUCGUCUGGAGUCUAGGACUCUCCAUUCUGCUGGCGGAUAGCAUCUUUGCUGCGCUCAGAGACGAGUGGGAGCAAGAUCACCCCGAACGCAAGGGCCAGGAAGUAAAACAAGUCUAAUGUAUAUUGAUCAUAGCAUUUUCAUCAUCACCGCAUGAGUUCCGCUUUGUCUAGAAACAACAAAAAGAAAAUAAUCAGAACCUCAAUCCUUCAAACGCUUAGACAGAAUCAAGUAGUCAAACUCCUUGAUCGUUCCAUUCCGCAACCUCCGUGGUUGCGGCGAAUACUCAUCCACUUCAUAACCACCCUUUUCAUAAAAUCUCCUUGCCGCCGUAUUGCACUUGAAAACCGUCAACAUCGCCUUCUCCAACCCGACCAGCCGACCAAUCUCCUCCAUCCGUGUCAUCAGCAACACACCAAGGCCCCGAGCCCGAGCCCUCGGUGACAAAUGGAUCUCGUAGCAAUAGACCACCUCCUUCCCAUCCUCGUAGGUGACCAUGAACGACAAGAAUCCGAGCACAGUCGGGUGAUCCCCAGAUGCCGAUAGCGAGCUCGGCUUGUCGGAUUCGGCGGGAUCAUCGCGCUGCGACGCAUCCGACGUGUGUCCCGCGUCGCCCCGCAGAAUUAGAUACUUCAUGUCUGGCAGUUUCAUUUCCCUGCGCUUCUUGGGACGGGACCAGCCUGCGCCUGACGCGGCAUAGUCUGGGCCGGAGGUGAAUUCGACUAGAUCGAGACAUGCGUCCAGAUCUGCGCGGGAGAUUGUGGCAGCAGAGUAUACUUCUAGCCGUGUUUCAGCUGCGGGAGAUGUCUUCUUCUCUGAGGCCGGAGCUUCGGCAUCUCGCUUGGUCGCCGUGGUGAGCGGAGACACGUAGCGUGAUGUAAAUUCUUCGAUGGUGAGGGCGUUGGUACGCUCAACCAG